AUGCUUGUUUCAGGCAAACCGUACAAGCGACAAUUUGUGGUAUGUGGGUUGUCAAGACGUUCAGCUGCAGGAGAGAUAAUUGCAGAUUUAAAGAAAUCGAUUGAGCAGUACUUCAGUGAGAAAUAUGGCAUAAGAUUGAAGUACCCAGAGCUUCCGUGCGUGAAGUUGUUAUGCGAUUGUGGCGAUGAUGAUGGUGGUGGUGGUGGUGGUGGUGGUUGUGGUGGUGGUGGUGGUGGUGAUGGGUAG